AAAGUUACUAAUAUAGGAGCGUUUAGUUAUUGGAAUCUUCAUACUCUCUGUCUGUGCUCGAAUCUUCAUUCAAAACCCUAAAUUUCCACAAUUACUCUUUUGAUUCAACGUGUUUCCGAAAUUGGGAUUGAGUAAUGGCUGGAAAAGAAGAGAAUCGAAUAUUUGUUGGUGGAUUGGGUUGGGAUGUUACAGAACGUCAGAUUGAACAUGCCUUUGAUCGUUACGGCAAAAUUCUUGAAGUCCAGGUACCGAUCUCUCUUUCAAACUUUUAUUUUUUUCCCCUCAAUUUCUCAGAAGAUUAUGCGAAAUUUUUCAAAAUUAAAGUGCUGUUGUAAUUUUUGUAUUAAGUGUUAUAAUGGUGGAAAGUUUACAUUUUGUUUUAAUUAUAGAAAUUAAUUAAAAGUGAAACACAUUAUGCUAUUUUCUUACUUUUUAUGGAACCUAGCUUUGUUUCAUUUUGUUUUUGGUAAAAUGUUAAUAUUGUAGUUUUGAGCAUGAUUUUCAUUCUUGACAUUGUCGAAAAUUUGCGGUAAAAUGCAGCUCAUUCAGCUUCAAUUGCUGUUGUGGGACCUUUUCUUAAAACUUUUGAGGUCCAUCGGUUGUUUAAGUUAGGAAAGUUGAGAGUUUUGGUUGAGCCUUAUGCUUAGGGAUACACUCUUUUUUUGAGUGUGUUUCCUGAUUGAAGAAUUUAUUAUGUUUGGAUUCUUCACUAAUUUUUUCACCUGUUUUCUUUGUUUUUGUGGAAUGCUGGUUUUGAACCUUUUGAUCUUUGAGAUGCUGUAGGUGGAUUUUUUGAGUGAUGUUUUAGCAGUGUGAUUUCUUCAUGUUUGAGGCUCGUUUUUCAAUUUCCUGAUAAAAUAAGAGUAGACCUCAAGUUGGAGAUUAGUAUGGCUUAGAUAUGUUGAAUUCAGUGCAAUAAGAGUAGCCAAGCGAAUAUCAGUCUGACAUGUCUGCUAUUUUUCCGAGAGACAAGUCCGUUCAGGGCUUAAGGUUCAUUAGUAAUAAUAUUUUUAUAAUUUGGAAGGAAUAUUUGGCAGUAAGAUUGGGCUGAAAACUGGACAAAGUCGAUACCAUAUCGGAGUGUGUUUUGUUGUAUCUGUUUGUAGAAUUGAAAGAAUAUGCGCCAUGUCUGUUCAUUAGCUUCCUUUCUCGUACAGUAGUAAGUCUAUUAUGCGAUGGCGAUGCUGAUGACAACUAGUGGGAUGUGAAAACUUCUUGUGUUGGACAUUCCUUGUUUUGCUUCUGGUUACAGAUCAAUUAUUUGAUCUAACUGUAGGGAAUUAAAAUGGGGUACAGAGGCUUCGCUCGUAUGCUGCUUUUCAAAAUUAAAAAACCAAAAUUUCACUUGAUAUAUUGAUAUGCUAUACCCUUUUGUGAUACAUCAUGCAAAGUAUAGAUAGGAUGGUGUUUGCUGGCUGUAAUAGUGUGGUACUCAGUAGAUCAGUUAAAGUAAUUUGUUAAAUGAAUUCAAGAAGUCUUACAUAUUUGCUUCAGUUCAGCAAUCGAAUCCCAGUUGUUUGGACAUUUUUGUGUGUAUGGUUGAUGGGGUCGUACUUUUAUGUACUUACUGCAACCCAUAGCAGGUGGGUAUGACCGGUCAUACACCACCAACAGGUCUUGUGAAUACUCAAGUGCUUCUGAGUUUAAAAGUUUCAAAUCCGAAGCAUUGAAAGGUUUUACAUUUGUCAGUGUAGUUUUAUAUAAAGAAUUGAAUUUAUAUCUCCUCGAGAAUUUUUUUCUGCUGAAAUGCUCGUCAGCUGGCGUGUUCACUAAGAAGGGACUGCAGAAUUACAUAAAAUGCCAGGCAUAUAAUUGCAGUGUAACCAAGGUUAUCCAUUUGUCUCGCAUGUGACAUGGUACAUUGCUGCCUAUGGUUGAUUAUAAUUUGAAUCUGGAGAGGGGAAUACUCACAGAAGGUGUUGGUGUGCUUAAGAAGUGAAAGUGUGAUCUCCAAGAGGAAUGAUGUCAAUACCAUGGCACCCAUGCCUAUAACUUGCGUAUUGUCUGAGAAUUUCAAAAGAAAUAUACGUCGGCGGAUAUGUUUAUUUUGAAGAGCAAUCCUCUGUGAUACUCGUCAUAAAAUUGGAGCUGCAACAUAGUGGUCUGGCGACUGCGGAAGUGAAAGCAAUGAUUGGGAUUUUCCUCAUACACUGUUUGUUUGUGGCUGCAUAUUGGUUUAGUGUUUGUUCUACUGAUUGAGAAAUUAAUAGUAUCCGUCAUAAUACAGUGUUUUUUAAUAAAGUAAUUCAGUUGCUAAGAUUAUAUUUGGGGGAUUAGAUUGUUUUAAAGUUUAAUCAUGAAGUCAUGAACCAGAAUGGAACAAGCUGAUAUAUUCUUGCUCAGAUUGUGGAAAUGAUUUUUUUAAGAGUUAUUUGUUGUCAAAUAUGGGCUUGGGAUGUCUCUGAAUGACUUAGCUGUAUGAAAACUAUUCUGGUGCUUUGUCAUCAGAACACAGAAAUCAUGAUGGAAAGGGAUACAGGACGUCCACGUGGAUUUGGGUUUAUAACAUUUGCUGAUCAUCGGGGAAUGGAGGAUGCAAUCAAGGAAAUGGAUGGACGUGAAAUUGGUGAUCGCAUCAUCUCAGUCAACAAGGCACAGCCUAGGAUGGGGGGUGAUGAUGCAGACCAUCGUUACAGAGGUGGCUUCUCUUCAGGUGGUAGGGGAAGCUAUGGGGCUGGAGAUAGGGUAGGACAGGAUGACUGUUUCAAAUGUGGCCGUCCAGGGCACUGGGCCCGAGAUUGUCCUUUGGCAGGAGGUGAUGGUGGUCGUGGUCGGGGUGGUGGUCCAUUUUCUUCACGUCCUAGGUUUGGAGGUGCUGGUGGACACGGGGAUCGCCUUGGUGAACGUGAGCGAUACAUUGAUGAUCGUUAUGAUGGAGGACGUUAUGGGGAUAGGGACCGUUUAGACACCCGAGACUACAAAUACAGUGGCCGUGAUCGCUAUGCUAGUGACAGGUAUCCAACAAGUGGAGAUCGUUUUGCAAGUGAUCGAUAUGGCAGUGGCUCAGACUACCCGCAAAAUGGUUAUGGGAAGGAAAGAGGCUAUGACCGGUAUGGUGGUGCUCGUGGAGGUGCUGAUAGAAAUGGAAGUGGAAUGCCAGCUCGCGAUGAAGGAAGAAGUUAUAGGGGUAGGGCUGGUCCUUAUGACCGCCCCAGCAGAGCUGCUCGUCCAUCAUCAUUUGACCGCUACUGAUUUCUACUAGUUCAAGUUGGUCUUUUUGGUUAGAAAUGGAGAAGCAAAAUUAGGGACGUAGUUCUUGAUUAUGUAGGAACUCCUAGUUUCAGACAGUUACUUGAUUGUAGUUUCUUAGAUUAUGGGGUUGAUAGCUUGUUUCUUUAUUCAAAUCACGUGAAUCGUUACUGAGUUACUUCCCAUCAUUUGUUCGACGCUUAGACAUGCCUUUCAGUUUAAAUGAAAUUCAAUAUGGUUUAGGUUUA